AUGGAGUUUGACAAUCAAAUACAUGAUGGUGUGGAGAUUAUCUUAAAGAAAUUUAACAUUUCAGAUGAUUUGAAGGUCGGCUUUUUCACCACAGACCACGCUACUCAAACAGAUUCUAGUGAAAUUUUGCCACUAAAGGAGUUGAGUUCCUGUACAAAAAAGUUAGUGAAGAUUGUUUCAUCCCUUGAGCAGGAUUAUAGGUUCGUCAAACAAUUUCUUCAAUUGAAAUUUGAGGACCGGCUUCAAGAGGAGUCUUCCAGUAUCUUCAAAGUUCUACAUGACAGGAUCCUUGAAAUGGAAAAACAUUAUCAUCAGAAUGAGGAUACCAUGAGAAAAUGCUUUAACCAGCAGUUAGCUGAUGCCAUUGCAGAUAUCAAAGGAAUGUAUAAGAAAUAUUUUGAUGUUGAAGAAGAGAAGGCUGCUUUGCCAGAUGCAACAAAUAUCAAGCUGAAUAUUUUGAAAAAAAAGCUGAAAGAGAAAGAACGAAUUAUUAGGGAAUUGAAAGAAGAACUAGAACGUUAUGAAGAAGCUGGAUUGCUAAAACUUGACCUCUUUGCCAAAGAGACCAGCUCUCCAAGACAAACCUUUGAAAAGGAAAACUCCACAGAGUACAAACAGGAGAAUGAGAGACUGCUUCAAGUGAUUGCAGAUCUGGAAGAAGAAAUUCGACUCAAUAUCAAAGAAAAUUCAGUACUAGAAGAUGAAAUUAUAAAUCUCAAAGAGAUUUCAGAGCAGGAUCAGAGAACUAUUCAACAGUUAAUGGAUAGCAGAGAAAGAUUAAGAUAUGAACUUGAGUGUGAAAAAUCAGUAGUUCAAGAUAUGAUUAAAAAACAGAAAGAAGACAUGGAGCUUAGAAGAAAGUACGAUAGUAACCUGAAAACAGGCUGGGGAAGAGAAGGCUCUUUGUCCCCAUGGCCCUCCCAUUCUGGGACUUUAUCCAGGAGUACGACACCCUUGAGGCCACACUCAGCUGCCGCUCGUAGUACAUCACCUGUUAGGACUAAAAAAGUGAAGCUUUCAAAGAAAACUACAAAGGAAGAGCCUCCUCAAGAGCAAACUAAAAUCUCACCUAAGUUUCCUGUGGAUUCGGUGGAUACCCAACGUGAACCCUCCAAAAGAAAAAAAGAUGAAACGGGUCAGGUUAAACAUCUACCACCCAUGAAGACACAAGAAGAAAGGAAAGCAAAAGCCUCAGCAACUAGGGAUGAAGGGAGGAGAAUUUUGGAGAUGCACGUGGAAACGUUAAAGGCUAAUUUGGAGAAUCAGAAGAAGAAAUUAGAAAGAUGUAAAAAGGAAUCAGAGCAGAUAAACAAAAACUGGGAGAGGAAAUUCCAUAUUCUCAGGAACAGCUUUCACGUCCUAAAGGAUGAGAUGUUUACUAGGCACACAUUGUUUCGUCAGUUUGCAGUGCUCACUGAUACAUCCUUCAAUUAUGUGAAAGUGAAACCUUUAUUUGUGCAGUCUAAAUUAAACUUGGAAGAAACCGCAUCUUCUUCAAGUGAUUAUCAUUUGACUUUGAUAGACAAAAAGUACCCAGAAACAGUUAGUGAUCAGCUCUCCUUGCAUCAAUCACCCAGAGUGGGUCGUGUUUCUUCCCAGAGGGUCAAUGACUGGCCUUGGUCACAGGCAGUGAAUCGAGGAUCCUCCAAAGAACCUUGGGAGAAGAUAUGGGUACACCAACCCCCAAUGAAUGAUGUGGACCCAACUGGGUUGCUCAAAGAGACCACAGAAUAGAGGACCCUCUUCAUCCUGGAUGGCAUAUAAUGCCUGCCUCCUUAGCCAGAAAUACUGUCUCCAAGGCGUUUCUGAACCAUUCGAUGAUUUCUCCAGAUUAGGAACACUAACUCAAGCACUGCAAUUUAGAAUUGGAACACGCCUUUUGCCCGCAUCUUUUCUGAGCCCCAAUGAAACCUCUCCUGCUCUCCUGCAGAGUGAGCUGGGUGCAUGGACCCUGAGGGGUCACCAAAUCCAUUCUAGUUGCCCGCUGGGGAUCAGAGGCGCGCCCAGAGCCUAGGAGUAGGAAAGAGCGGACUUCAAUUAAAAUAUCUGAGGCAUUAAA